AUGUCAGUUGAAACUAUUCAACAUCAAAAUCAAUCAAACACUAUGGAAGAAGAAACAACUAAAGAUACUUCAUCAAUUACAACAAUUCCACAAUCACCUAGUCAAAAUCAAACAAAUGGUACUUCAUCACAAUUAACACAAAAUGAUAAGACUGAUACUCUUAGUUAUUUAAACACAAUGAAAUAUACUAAAACUAGACAAUAUUUAGAACAUCUUAUGCAAAAUAUAAAUAACAUACCUAAUACUUGGUAUAUUAAUAAUCAAUUAAUUUAUGUUCCUAUUCCUGAUUCAAUACAAGAUUUUAAACAUGACUCUAUUUCAAAUCAAGUUAAAAAUUAUCUAAAUACAUUGAUUAAUAAUGAUGACGAUAAUGGAAUAAAUAAAAGAAUGCAAAAAUUGGUUCAAAUUCUUAGUACCAACUUUAAAAAUAUUUAUAACUCUAUUCAGUAUUCUAUUAAUUAUUAUGUACAAGCAUUCAUGAAUUAUAUUUCAUCAAUAUUAAGCAGAUCAAUAAUGAAUUGGGAUCUUAAAGGAAUGGAUAUUAUGUGA